CAGCAGAGUCCGGACCGCAGAGACGGAGAGCAGACGCUUCAAGUCCGCAAAGCACCGCGGAGGAAACGCAACCGAGUCUUAAAGGAGUCAUGGCAGCAGGCAGAAUAAGAUCCACCCGCAGACUGCGCUCGUGGAUCGUCGAACAGGUGAGCAGUGGUAAAUACCCGGGGCUGGUGUGGGACGACGACGCCAAAACUAUGUUCCGCAUCCCGUGGAAACACGCCGGGAAACAGGACUUCCGUAAAGACGAGGACGCCGCCAUCUUCAAGGCGUGGGCGAAGUUCAAAGGCAAGACGACGGACGGGAGUCAGGACAGCCCGGCCUCCUGGAAGACCCGUCUGCGCUGCGCCCUCAACAAGAGCCCCGAGUUCACCGAGGUGAUGGAGCGAGCUCAGCUGGACAUCUCAGAGCCCUACAAGGUCUACCGCCUGGUGCCCGUCAGCGAGCAAGGUGUGAUGCCGCCCGAGAAGAAACCCAAAGUGAAGGCCGUCAAGAGGAAGAGGAGGAGGAGGAGGAGGAGCAGCAGCAGCGACUCUGAGAGCAGCGACGGCGAUCAGGUGAAGCGGAUCAAGACGGAGGAGGUCACCUCACAGCUGUGUGGUGAAGAGGAUCUGCUGUGGAGCGGCGUCCCGGUCCAGACAGAAGAACCCGCUCAGCACGUCGCCGCCGCGCAGAGAGACGUGGUCAAUGAGAUCCGGUUGGACGUGCGGAUCGAGGAGAGCGUCGACGCUCCAACAGGAGUUCAGGACUCCUUCAACGUGGUGGUUCAUUAUUUAGGCCACAAGGUUCUCAAGCGUCAGAUCCAGAGCAGCGACGUGCGGAUAAUGUACUUACCGUCGUCUCACGCUCCGACGACGCCGGCCGUCCUGAAGGGCCGGUUCCCGCGCAUCCCGCUGCCGGAGCCGCCGUCCACGCUGCCGGCCGGCUCGGAGCGCCAGGCCCUGUUCACUCUGCUGCCCUUCAUGGAGAGAGGCGUGGUGCUGACGGCCACGCGGCAGGGCGUGUACGGCAAGCGCUUCUGCCAGGGGCGGGUCUUCUGGACGGGGCCGCACGGGGCCACGGAGGGGCUGCACAAGAUGGAGAGGAACACGGAGCCGGUGAUGCUCUUCAGUAAAGACGCCUUCAAGCAACAACUUGACCUCUUCCGGUUGAACGGCGGCGAUCCUCCUCAGUGCGGCGUCACUCUGUGUUUCGGAGAAGAGUUGAGUAACACCGAAGACCCGUCUGCAAAACUGAUCAUAGUUCAGGUAAAUAUCGGCUUCCCGUGGGCAGAGCAGCAGGUCCAGAACGUCCAGUCGCUCUUUCAAUCCAUCAACAUCCUCCAGUCUCUGGCCAGCGAGUCUCCGCUGGGAGAGAUAACUCUGAACCUGGUCACCGUGUCUUCAGCCGACUCCGAGACGACCGUCUGUGGGACCGUCUGAGGCACUUUGUCCAUUUCAAAAUAAGAGACAACCCGUUCUUUUCAAAAUAAGAGUAUACAGGGCUGAGCGAUACGUUGACGUAUUCAUCACGUUAAAUGCAUCAUCUGGCAAUAGACGACAUAAACAUGUAUCACAGUCUGACUUCAGAAAGACUUCCACUAUCAAAAUAAGAGCCUCUAGCUUAUGUUUGUUUUCAUCUCACCCAGCCCUGAGAGCUCGCACAGAACAGAUCUUAUAGCACUUAUGAAGAACACUUUUUAUGACUGCCCCCUCUGUCGACGCAGAGACUAGUGAGUGUGCUGGAAGCACUACAUGUAAGAAGACACUGAAGAGUCGAUCGAACCAUUUUGAUAAUUAAUUAAUUGAUUCGUUGUGAACAUCCUCCUGUAUUCGGCUUCUUAAAUGUGACAAUCUGUUGUUUUUAUGUCACAUUCUGUUUGAUAUAACAUUUUAUAUCUUAAGGUUUUGGAAGAAAUAACAUUCAAAUUGAAGAACAUUGUUUUUAUUAACCGGUACCGACGAUGGUCGUUAGUUGCAGCACUGGUCGUUUUGUUUCCUGUGGGUUUUUUCUGGAAAUGUUGACAAUGUGAUGCACACGUUUCUGCUCUAGAAGCCGGUGGUUCCCAACCUGUGGGUGGAGACCCUCAGAGAGGGUCGCGAGUUACAUCCGUAACAGGAAAGGAUAUUACAAUAUUAAGACAUCUUAGCUUUUAUUCUUGUGAAUAACUGGAUUAUUUUAAGGGUUUUUAUUCCAAAUCAAACAGAAAAUAACAGAAGUCACUGCUUUGUUUCAAGUUAGAAAGGUGGGGAACCACUGCACCCAGUAACUGGUAUUGUUUUUAUACUACAGCACGAAAUAAACCUCGUCCUUUAACUCCUUUACACGUCAAAUAUUAACCUAACAGUAAAAUAAAGGAAACACAUCAUGACAGAAGAUGAAGCUGCGAUAAAAAUAGUUCAGUAGAGUAGAAAGAAAGCACGCAAUAGUUUUCACAUGUUUUUAAUGUAAUCAAACUUCACUCUAAGGGGAUUUACUUAUUGUUCAUGUCGGGCUGUUGUAGCUGGUACUUUUAUUACAGAUGUGGGUUGAAGGUUGUGUUUGAUCAGAUCUCACACCGGUGAGACUCGAUGGUUUGUAGCAGCGCUCAAAUAUUUUAUUAAUUACUUCUGUUUUUUAGCAUGAUACUGAGACGGGGACAAGACGACCACACUACGAGGGUUUCAUGAUAUGAACCGCUGAGUACACGACACGCAACAACAUAAACUUUUUACUUUUGGGCUUUAACAAAUUAAGUUUUUUGUCCACCUCCUGGAGCCUGUGAGUAUCUAGGAAUUUAAAAGACAAAACGGAACCAAAAACACCACAGGUGCAUUACACAAAGGUGUUAAAAGGUGACUGUUCCUUUAAAUCAGAUGGUUGUUGGAGCACGAGGCACACUGGGGGGGGGGGGCUUUAGAGAUCUACCAAACUUGUAAAUAUGUUGUUAUUUAUGCAUGUUCUAUGUUAUGUCCCUGUUGCAUUAAAGACCAACCUAAACUCUG